AUGGAAACCAAACUACUUCAUGUAGGAGGAGGAAUUCCAGCUGUGACAACUACAGAAGCAGAUAGAACAGUUUCGACAGCAACUACGACUUCACAAGGUGAGACAGCUGUAGUAACUACCCAAUGUCCAGCAGAUUCUUCGUCCAGUACAAGCAUUCUCACCACCAGAGAAACAGUAGAAUCAUCAGAACAAUCUACAAUGCUUUUGCUUCAACAGUCUCAGGGCGUUUCUUUUACUUUACCCGGCAGUCUCCUGGGUCCGGAGUACAGUAUGUCAUUCUCAGAAGAAGGUUUUACGGGAGAUACAUUCAAACUCCCAUCUUUGGAAUUUAGCGAACCUAUGGGAAGCUUCGAAGUGCCACCAGAGAGUACUGCUGUAGCUAGCAGCUUAGAAGAGAUAUUCCAACCAGAAUUCACUUCUAUAACUACUUGCGCAGUUCCGACCACCUCUUUGUCCGAUCUCACCAGCAGUUCCACUGUGAUGGUUACAGCUACGGGCACUCUCCCCAGCUUUGAAGAAACAUACUCUCCAAGGUAUCGCCGCGAUGUGGCACAACCGGAAGUUUUUUCCUUCAAAUAUGAAGACCUACCGUCACAACAGCUAGAACAUUCUAGCGUGAUUGAGAGCUUUCCACCCUCGCUAGUUGGUAUGCAACCUUCAACCUCAUCUUUUCCUUUUCAGUCUUCGCAAUCAAUGGAACUCUAUAGGACAGAGGGACCGGAGCUGUCCUCCUUUAUUUCUCCAGUCAUUCCACUUUCGCAGUCUCCUUCAGCUGCUUAUGUAGCUCAUAGUUACCCAAGCCCACCGGCAACAGUGCACGAGCCAACUUUUCCACAAACUAGAUACCUGGAACACCAGCAAACUUCACCUCAUUCUACGUACCAAGAAGCUUCCUCUUUUCCUGCAGCCUUACAAAUCCUACCACUGCACGAGAGCCCGACAUUUGGCUUACAGUCCGGUCAGUCAUCUUCAGAAAUUCCUUUUCUAACUGAAGGAACAUCGCCCUCAACUAGUGCAACCCCCAAGAUACUAAGGCGAGCUUCUGUUCCAAUUACAAGUUCCAUGGCUAUUCAAACAAGCCAACCGCCAUGUCUCCGUGCCCACUCUUCUCCACCCACACCUACAACAACAGAGCCCACCCCCUCUACUUCCCAGCUUUGUGCAGUAUGUGGAGACAAUGCUGCUUGUCAACAUUAUGGAGUUCGUACAUGUGAAGGAUGCAAAGGGUUCUUCAAGCGCACAGUCCAGAAGGGAGCGAAAUACGUUUGUCUCGGAAAUAAAGAUUGUCCAGUGGACAAACGUCGCCGCAAUCGAUGUCAGUUUUGUCGUUUUCAGAAAUGUCUUGCUGUUGGUAUGGUCAAAGAGGUGGUCAGGUCAGACAGCUUGAAAGGUCGUCGUGGUCGGCUACCCUCUAAACAUAAGUCUUACCACGAGUCGCCACCAUCGCCUCCCGUCAGUCUGAUUACCUCGUUGGUUCGUGCUCACGUGGAUGCAUCUCCAGAUAUUGCCAGCAUGGAUUAUUCUCAGGUACAAAUCACUGAAAAAAGUAUUUUUCAAGAGCCAUCGUCAAGUGAAAAUCCCCUUUCAGACUCUGAACAAGUCCAUCAGACUCUCAGUCUAAUAACUUCAUCCUUGGAAGUUAUUCGAAUAUUCGCUGAAAAGAUUCCUGGCUUCCCAGAACUCAAUAAAGAAGACCAAGAACUUUUGUUUCAAUCAGCUUGUCUUGAACUGUUUGUUCUCCGACUGACAUAUUGUAUGAAGCCAGAUGAUGACAGAUUAACAUUCUGUAAUGGAUUGGUUCUCCAUAAAGAACAAUGCCGUCGAGGCUUUGGUGACUGGAUAGAUGCUAUUGUGGAUUUUGCCAGGUGUCUUCACUCCCUAGAAAUUGACAUCUCAGCAUUUGCAUGUCUUUGUGCCUUGGUCUUAGUAACAGAACGACAUGGUCUAAAAGAGCCUGAGAAAGUGGACCAGCUACAAAUGAAGAUUGUUGGCGCUUUGCGUGAUCAUGUGACUUACAACAGUGAAGCCCAGAAAAAAGCAAAUUACUUCUCACAUAUUCUGGCUAAAAUUCCCGAUCUUCGAUCACUUAGUGUUCAAGGACUUCACCGGUUGUUCUACUUAAAACUUGAAGAUAUCGUGCCUGUACCCCCACUUAUCGAUGGUUUGUUUUUGUCCGGCAUUCCUUUCUAAAGCUGUCUAACUUAUUAUUCAGGUGCUUC